AUUCGUCUAACUUGAAAAAGUCGGAGAGGAGGAUAAAAGAGGUGAGACGCCCCGUUAGACUGUCACACUGCUUUCUGACCGUGGACGGGUUCACAGCUGAAAGAUCACAAUGAAGAUCAUACUAGUGUGCCUAGCUCUGCUCGGCGCUACUUACGCUUAUCCACAUUUACCAAUUGAGGAAGUUGAGAAACGAUGCCUGGUUGACAAACCGGAAGUGUCACAAGGUGUCGCCUACGUCUCAGACUCUGACUGUGCAUAUUACUGGCAGUGUGACUUCGCCUACACCGUACUGAAGAAUGUCACCCUCAAAAAGUGUCCCAUCGGAACGAUGUGGGCCAAGAUCGGGGUUUUACCACACCCACCACAACCAGGCGAGGAACCCGUGGUUUGUGUCAACUGCGCCCAGCAGCCGGACCCUGAAUGUCAUGUACAGUACCCACAAGGGUCAGAACAGUGUCCAAAUGCCACAACGCCUGGCCCUACUACAACGGAAAAACCACGACCUCUUGGACCCAAAAUUUGUAGACUUGAACCUCAGAAUAUGGUGUUCCAAGAAAUCGUAGGAGAAAUAAGCGAAGUUUGGUAUUGGGGAGCGAAUGAAACAUUCAGCUGUGGACAUCUCAUCUUUAAUUUUAAAAAAUGUGAAUGCGAGGCUGCACCUGAGUUUCCAGCUCGGUGGAAUUUUGAUGUGAACUUGAACUCGUACAAAAACAGACUUUACGCCGCCAAUGAACCAGUGGGCACAGUAGGUUUGUCGGUAAUAGAACCAGGAUGCGCCGAGUUUAACGGAACAGGCGGACUUCAAAUUCCAUACUUUAAGAACAUGCGUCCUAGGAAAAGCUGGGUAACUGCUGUUGUCUUCAACAGAGAUCCGCCACAGAAUGCCACUAUUCUUUACGAGUGCAUUACCAUCUUUAUAUAUGAUAAUGAUUGGGUCAAGGCGUCUGUAGUUGUCCAGAACCCCUUGGGCGGGGAAGAAACCUUGACAGUCUCAGUUCACGCACCCGGGGGCGGAUAUAUACUGGUGAUCGUGAUAUGGGACGGGAAGACAUUAACUCUCGCCGUAUUCGCCGGCGGCAAUUUGUACGUGAACUCUGUUACGGUAUCAAAUGUCGAUUACCCAUGGUCUAUCGUCUGUUUACCAGCACAGCCGCUAUUCGUGGGUUACGUGCCGUGGCCAUUCGACGAUGAUCCAGCUCUACCCGGAAGCUAUUCUGGCAAUAUUUGUUUGCUCUUCUUUACCGACAAACGGUAUGAUAACCCUGAUGCUAUCAAGGCCGACAUCCUCCUUGAUUACGUUGGACCACCUUUUGGAUAAUUGGUGGAUAUAAUGACAACAGACCCCCAGCAAAGCGAGAAAAGGCGAUAAUCUCGUUCUGCGAAGAGAACAUCAAUACAUAGGACUCAUAAGUUCCAAUGAUGAUUUUUGAUAAUCGGAUGUAGAACGUGAUUCCUGACAAAACGCGGGCGUGUUUAAAACGUUUCUUGUUGCU